AUGGAAAGCGACACGAAAAAAUCUGCAAAGUCCGGCAUGGCAUUGCCCGAAGCCGCAUCUCAGAAUCGGAUCGACACCGUGAGAUCGCUACUAGAUGAAGGAGUCGAUCCCAACGCGAUUGAUGGUACCGGGUUCACUGCGCUUCACCAUGCGGCAGAUCAGGGGUACUGGGAUAUUGCCAGACUUCUCCUCGAAAGGAAAGCGUCACCCAUGGUCAAAAAUGCCAGCGAUUCAGUGCCAUUGCAUUUAGCUGUGAAAGGCGGCCAUAAACAGCUCACACGGCUAUUACUCGAAUGCGAAAGCUCGGCAUUAACGUGUUGGAAUAAAAAGCUUUACUAUCCAAUCCAUAUCGCGGCCGAGAAUGGAGAUCUUGAAAUGGUUCAGCUGCUUUUGGAAUUCAAGGCCGACACCUCACGAAGCACUUCCACGAAAUGGACGGCUCUCCACAUGGCCGUUCAAAAUGAACAUCGGGAAAUGUGCGAAACUCUUCUAGAGUACGACAAAAACUUCAAGAUCCCCCUUGUUCUUCGAAUGCUCGGCGAUAAGACCGAGGUCAAGGCUAGGGAUCGAAAUAUGGCAACACCAUUCGCCCUCGCUAUCGAAGGUGGCAAUUUACAGAUAAUCGAACCCUUCUUCCGCAGUGGGAUGGUGUCAGGGAAGGAAAUGAACAGCUCUAAGAGACCUCUUUUUCACGACGCUGUGAAAUCAGGCAAUUACGAACUUGUCAAAUUGUUCCUGGACAACGGAACUGAUAUCAACAUGAAAGGAUGGGAUUCAAAUAGAGCGAUUCAUGUGGCUGUCAAAGAGAAGGACGAUGAGAUGGUUCGCCUAUUGCUCGGGUACGGACCUUCGCUCAACGUGAAGAACGGAUCGAAUGAGACCCCAGAGCAGGUAUCCUACAACCCAGAAAUCACCAUGAUGAUUCGCAACCAUACGACAGAAAAGCGCAAGGGAAAGCGAAAGUCCAAAGGAGGGGAAAUGGGGUCUGCACCGAAGGUAGCAACGUCUGCUCCCCCUCCUGAAUAUACGCCUGAAGUGAAGGAGACCUCUUUGAAGACGUAA